GAUCCGGAUCAAGUUAUCAGAAGAUUAAACAAUUUAGUGUUAAAUGGAUAUUUCUUUUCAGUGAAUAGUGAAAAUAAGAUUUCAAUGUAUUCACUUAAAACUGGCGAUGAAAAAAUGCAAUUUAAUCCGCAUCAAGAAAAAUCUAAUCUUCAACCAAUCAGAAAUGUAUUGAUUGCUAUGUCCCGCGAUAAACGAUUGUUUGCCGCUACUUUCAAUGAUACUAUUCAUCUAUAUCUAAUUGAAAAUGGCCUUGAAAUUAUCAGUAAAGCGUAUUGUGGUACAAUUAUACAAAUAGCAUUUGAAGAAGAAAAUAACACACCCAAAGAAAAAACUACAUCGAAAACUGACCUCGUAAUUUUAAUAAGAGACAAUAACGAUAAAGGUACUUUUCGAAUUUGUGUCUGGGAUCUCUCAGUAUGGAAAGAGGAUAUCGAUUAUGAAUUGUUUUCGGAAAACUUUACAGAGCAUUGUCAACUUUUGUCCUCAAAUAAUAAAGCUUUA